GCUAAACAAGGAUUUUGUGCUGAUUUAAAAACUGUUAUUAGAUUUUUUCCAUCAACACUACUUUCGAUAUUAUUACCAACACAACAACAUAUAUAAAAAAUACAAUAAAAAUAUUUAGUUUUCAGUUUUUGCAUUUGAUACUUUGGCGAAAUUUUGUUAAAUUAAAUUUAAUAAGUUUUCUACAAUAUUAAAAGCAAAUUGAUUUCGUGAACAUAGUUUUAUUAACAAUACUGUAUACACAUAAAGUAUGUCACGCUACAGUUCACUUCAUCAAGUAACAGCUCAUCGUUGUCUAGUAGCGAUGAUUCUUCGGACGAAAGUCCUUCUUCAAAUGGAAGCUCAUCGUCGUCCAGUUGUAGUUCAACUUUAACAAGCGUCAACUCACGGUCGUUUAGCAGUAGUUCAUUGUCUUCCAUUAGCGAUGAUUCAUCGAAUGAAAGUUCGACUUCCACUGGAAAUUGUACGCAAAAUUUUAAUUUAAAACGCAAAUUCAAUAAAUAUUUGGAUGAACCUAAUAAAAAAAUAUAAUAUCUUUAUUAUUAUACAAAAUAAAUUGGUAGAUUCAAUGUAUAUUUAGGAUAAUACUUGUCUAACAAUGUCUUUUUUAAAGGGUUACGCGAAGAAACUUAAACGUUUUAAUAUUUUCUUAUAAAUCGGGAUGAUAAAAAAUUAAUACAUUCUCGGUAAAUUUUAUACUAACUAUAAACUAUUUUUAAGGUGUUGUGAGUUACCGUAUGCUGUUAACGAUGAUUGGUCAUUUAAAAAUUAUCCGUGUCUGUUGGAUUCUGAACGUGAAACUAAUGCUAAAUGGAGUAUUCACAACUCGAUGAUUGAUUUGCCAGCCGAGAAAAAAAUAACUGUCACUAGAGAAACAGAUGUUGGUAUAAAAAUUGAAGAGAAUUUUUUAGCUAGCGACUUUCCUACUAACGUAGAACCAAAUAUAAACAACUCUAUUGAUUGUCAACAUGUCAAUUCGCAUAAUGGCGAGGAAUUUACCAAUUAUUCUGAAAAUGUUGAUUUAACCAGUAUUUCACAACACUAUGUUUUCAAUCCGGAGGAUAACACUUUUUCAAAAAGUGUUGUUAAAAAUAAUACAGAUAUCCUCGUUACAAAUGACGUUGAUGAAGAAUCUGUUUUGAACGAAGAUAUACCUAUCGACCCUAAAAAUAGUCAACUAAAUAUGAAUGUUGAUAUUAAUAAUAAUUGCUCGGAGCCAAGCACUUCGAAUAAUGAAAAUUAUUCAAACACUAGUCGUUGUGUCAAAUGCAAAAUAUUAACUUCAUGGGGAGAAGAUUGGUUUUAUACGACCCAUACUGAUAGGUAUACAGGUCUUAGAUAUAUAACAUUGAUGAACCCUUUGAACGAACUUCCCGUUAGUUAUGUGGAAACUAUUGAUCUCACAAAUUCAGACGACGAUGAGCAACCUGUUAUAGACAGGAGUACUACACGUGGAAAAGAAGUGCAGCCAAUGAGCGCACUUAACCACACAAAUUUUCACGAAAAUAAUUGUGAUGGAGGUCAACCUUUCAUAGUUGAUCAUUAUGAAAAAAUCGCUAUAGAUACUACUGAAGGUAUCAGUUUCGUAUACAAUUGGAUUCCAGAAAUGCACGAGGUAAUUUUUAAGAAUGACAGCAUAUAAAACUAACUGAAUUAACUUACUUAAAUUGUUGACAAGUUUUCAUUUUAUUUCAAUUAGUUGAACAACUUUUUAUUAUUUUUGCAUUAAUCGGAAAUUUAUUAUUGUUUUUUUUACGAUGGUUGUGAUUAUGAAAAUUAUUUAUUUAUCUUUUUCUUAUUUUUGAAAUUUAUUUUUCGUUUUAUACGAGUUGAUUUAUUUGUU